GGUGCCCGGCCUUUGCCCCCCCUUUUCUCUUUCUCCUCGUCGCAAGUCUCCCUCCUCAAAAUCCCCCUCCCCACUCCCUGCUUUCCUCUCUUCUUACUGUGUCUCUGCGUGAGUAGCGGAGCUUGCUGAAAUAAGAAGCUACUGGUGUGCUGCUACUGCUUGAUCAUGGAGUUGGUCCGGUGAUUGCUGCUGCAGAAUUGAAGCUGUAGAGCAGCUCGUCUGCUCUCCUCUUGCUGCAAACCUUCUUGUUGCUCUUAACUGACGUCGAAGAUAUCGGGCCAUGAAGAGGUAAUGACACGUCAAACAAAUCACUCGGCGCCACGUCUGUGACGGCCCAGUCUUCAUAUGUUGACCUUUUCGUUCUUGCCAUGGAAGCCUUCCCCAUUGGUCUCCUCCUGCCUAACACCCUCUGUGCAGUACACAAGAACAUUAACAAUGACCAAAAGAACACCUCCUGCGAGUCUGGUACGGGAACGGGGCUACUGCGACCACAUGGAGGAUGUCAUGGGAGACCUGUUUGAGCACAUUGACGACUUGCUCGACUUCCCCGACGAUGUGCUGGGGCUGGUGGAGCCCUGCAACCAGAGCGCGCAUCUUUUUCUUCCUGCGGCGACUGUGCCGGCCUCUGCCGACGGGCUUUUAGGCGGCGUCGGAGAAGACUCGCUCGAUGGCUCCAGUAGCAGAAGCAACAAGUCUGGUGCUCCUUUCAGCGCUGCGGAGGACAAGCUCGGCCCAUGUGAUGAACUUGAUGUUCUGCAACUGGAAUGGAUGUCCAAAUUCCUGGACGACUCUGAUUCCUUCCCCCUCGACCUUCCAAGCUGCAACGCUGUCACCAACAAUGGCAAUGACGAAAACAGCGAUGCCCAACCCAAAGCCAAAGCUCACUCUUUCUUCCGCACCUCCAGUCCGGUCUCUGUUCUCGAAGAUAACACUAGGGGCAGCGGCGGCAGCGACUCCUCCUCGUCCUCUUCCUCCUCGUCAUCCUGGACUUCGGCUUCGUACUGCAAGGAUGCGAAGGUUCUGCUUCCUCCUAUCAGUCCUCCGGAAGCGCCUUCAGUCAUGGCCGUCCCCGCCCGCGCGCGCAGCAAGCGCCCGCGACCCGCCGCCUUCUCGCUUCGCCCCCACGUCACCAUACCCUACCUCCCGCCGUCCUCCGACGCGGUCACCGAAGUCCACCCACUCUCCGCCGACGCCAACUCCGACCCUGAGAGCUUCGGCGAGUCAUGCCCCCCGCCUCCUCCACCGAAGAAGAAAAACAGCCAGAAGACUCCGGCCGCCACUGCCGACGGGGAGGAGUCGGGCUCGCCUCCGCCGGUGAGGAAGUGCAUGCACUGCGAGAUACAGAAGACCCCUCAGUGGAGGGCCGGCCCCAUGGGGCCCAAGACUCUCUGCAACGCCUGCGGUGUCCGGUACAAGUCCGGGCGGCUUUUCCCGGAGUACCGCCCCGCCGCCAGCCCCACCUUCGUCCCAUCAAUCCACUCCAAUUCCCACAAGAAGGUGGUGGAGAUGCGUAUCAAGGCGAGCCAGAAGGUCGCCCCCGCCGGCGCCGCCAUGUCUUCCUCCUCCGACGGCUGUGAUCUCCUCGAGUACAUCCGUCGGCGGGAGUGAAACGAAGACGACAUACUUAGCUGCUGCAGUUCUUCUUUCCCCUUGAUUUAGAAGUGUAGUCAUCCCGGUUUCUGAUUUCUCUUGCUUUAUUAUUAUUAUUAUUAUUAUUAUUAUUAUUAUUAUUAUUAUUAUUAUUAGUAUUAUUCCUGUAUUCCCCUUAAAUUUUGUACAGAGGAGGGAAGCGAAAGAGAAGACGCUUUUAGAGGAGGGAUAGGCAGAGCACCACAGGUAGGAGGUAGCCGAGAAAACAAAGACAGAGGAGGAAGAGAGACAACUAGCUAUUAUAGUUAGCAGCGAGGAGAAGGGGAGGGGAGAUUAGAAGGGGCUACUGAAGGGGAACACUAGUUUGAUCGCUGGAGCUUGGUGUAUUAAAUUCUUUUUGCAGUUGAAGAUUGAUUGAUGGUGAUUACUAGGAAGAUUUAUAAAUAUAUAUAAAUAUAUUUGAUUUACAUCGACAA